AUGGAUGAACCAAGUAGAGAAUCGAGUAGAAUGUUGCACGAAAAUGCAGUUAUACAAAGUUUACAUACACGCCCAAAAAUUAUCCCAAAAAAUAGCAUAAACUAUAAAAGUGAAGACGAAACCCCCGAGCUAACUCCAUUUUUAACUGGCUCCUUUGUUCACCGAGAUCUCCCUCAGGCUUACAAAUCUCAACUCGGCGACGACGGCGGCGGCGGCACUACUAGCAGACAUGGAAUAGAAGAAGGAAACAGUCAGAAUCGGAUUCAGAGCUACGAUAUUGGAGAAGACAACACCCAAAAUGUGGAGCCAAAUCGAGUGACUGACCAACAUGUGUUACAGUUUCUAGAUUCGACGGACGACUAUUUAACCAAAAUGGAUUCAUUGUAUAUGAUUCUCCGCCAGGGAUGGUUUGAACUAGCCAGCGCUCGACAUUCCAUGGGUGCAUCGCGUGUGAGCAGUGCAAUGUUGGACUUGAAUUCUCAUUCUGCUGCUACUUCAGUCCAAGUUUCGGAAGAUGAUGUUGAUACGGAUGAUAGGAAAGCUCAUUUUGCAUUGCGCAAAUGGGUUUCCUCUGAUAAUGUAAAACAAGGAUUUGGAGAGGCAAAACUAAGGGAGGACAGCUUGCAGCUACGACAUCGGAGCUUAUCUCCAUUUUCUGAAUUAACAGAGAAAGCUUCAGCACAAAAUGGAGCUCCACUUAUAGUUGAUGAUCAAAUUCAGAAGGAGCGAUCGAAAUCAUUGUCUGUGUUUGGCACUUUGGUUUCUCCAAAGCUUCGAACUGCCCAACUUUCAUUUGAAACAGCACUAGAGAAGCUUGUAGAGAUUGCCAAUGCACGCUCAACUAUGCUAUCUACUUUUGAUCAAGUGAAGAAAAAACUGGAAGAGACUUAAUUCUUAAAUAUCCUUUUGCUCUCAACUUUAUGAGCUCAAACAAAGAACAGAGGUGUUUUAGUGCAUAUUACUUCUUAUUUUCCAAGUAUAAAUGAGAUGAAAAAAAUAAUAGCAUUUGUUGUAAUCUUCGAUGCACGGUAGCUCAAAUAAUCAAAUAUGUAUUAUGUAGUUUGCUCCCACAAGAUACGAGGUUCCCUCGUAGCAGUUCUUUUAGUUAAUUUGAAGUUUUCUUCUUCA